GUUGCAGAUAGCAGAAUGUUUAGAAGAGUUGAUGUAUAUCAUUGGCAUAGACGUGCCGAAGAAGAGGCAUUGGAAAAUAGCAAAAGAAAACACCAGCAUGGGGGAGGUGUAUGCACGGUAUUCCUUCUCGAUACAUCAGCCAGCAUGGCAGGGGAAGGAUUCCAUCAACUGAAAAAGGCUUUCCUGGACAUUUUAAACAAAUUUAUUGUUCAUCCACAUCUCGACGAAAAUGUUGCCGUCAUUAUGUUUGGUGAAGAAGUCAAAUUCUUACAUUAUUUUUCUAACAAUUAUGGAUCUGUCAGAGAUUGUCUUGGUAAGAUUGAAUGUAGAGGAAGCUCUCCCAUGGAAGCAGGAAUCCGUCUUUCUUUGUCCUGUUUACGCUACGGUGGAGGUCACAAUGCAGUUUUUAAUUCUUAUAUAAAUGUGAGAGCAAGACUGGUCAUUAUUUCUGAUGGUAGGCCAACAACAUCCAGUACAAUAGGAGGCCAAGAACUGGAGAAUUCAAGCAAGGAAUCAACUUUCACAAGAAUACAGUCUUUGAUAAAAGAUAUUGGAAAGACUACACCGAUCAUAUGCAUUCCUGUAGGGUCAGAUCCUAAUGUCGAUUUCUUAAAAUCAUUGGUUGAUUCAUGUUCGGCAGGCCAACUUAUAUUUCAUGGAGAUGCUAGACAGUGUGGAAGGUUUGCUCUCAAUAUGAGAAUUGUGUCUUGCAUCCCAAAAGGAAGGAUGGCAUCUGAAAUCACACCAGAACAAAUACAAACUAUUGCCAGAAUGUCAUCUUUACAUGAUGUAACUAGGAAAGAUGUGGAGGACAUAUAUGGUAUAAUAAAUAAAAUAGAUGCAUUCAAACCAAUUACCGCAGAAGAUAUUGAAGAAGAUUCAUACACGGAACGAUAUGAAAAUCUCCCUUGCAUUGGUACAAGAGUAAAGCGUGGACCUCAUUGGACAUGGAAAAACCAAGACAGUCACGGUCCGGGUACAGUGAUCGGACACUGCGAUAGAGUUGGAUGGGUGAAGGUGGAAUGGGAUAGUGUUGUAAGAUUAAGUUACCAGUAUGGUUAUGAUGGUUUGAUUGAAAAGUACGAUAUCACUCCAUGCAAAGAACCAAGAAUUCUAGAGAAUGAACUGAUCGCCGUUGGUUGCUUAGUUACCAGAGGUCCUGAUUGGAAAUGGGGAGAUCAAGAUGGCGGAGAUGGAAAUGUCGGAACAGUCUACAGAGUCAAACAAAAUGCCGUUGUUCUAGUAAAGUGGCCAAAUGGUAAUCGUAGUAACUAUCGAUAUGGUUAUGACAACAAAUAUGACGUUACAGUAUGUGAUCCAUUUGAUCCUGUGGUGCUCCAGUCAUUCAAUAAUCAACAUAGAUUGAACAACUCUGGAAAUCCCGAAAAGGAUUAACAUAAAUUUUAAAAAAAACACUUUAAUUGUGAAAAUACAUUAAUUAACAUGACUAUAUGUAACUGCAUUCUAUUUUAAGUGUUAUAUAAUUUCUUUUUCAAACCUUUAAUUUCACCAAAAA